AUGACGAACAAUCACCGUCAGGCCCUGGUUGCGGCCUUUACUUUUGGCCUGGUCGCCCAUGCUGGUAUAGCCGGUGCCUUUCUUCUUCUAAAUAAUCGUUCUUCCAAAAUCAUUCGAGAUGCUCCGAGGCUGGCCCUCAUCGCGUUCCUUAUUUCUUCAGCCCUGUGGGCUCAAAUCGAUUUCUUCGCCUUCUUACUUAAUAUCAACUCUAUGCCAGGCUGUCAGAUCAUGGUUACCUUUGCAUCGACAUUCGAUCAGUUCGCACGAGUGUCCAUACAACAGAGUCUAUUAUGGAUCUUCAGCACCCACAGUCUUGCGUCUCUCACUGAGAUAGGUGUCAUGCAAGGAUUUAUUGUCUUACGACUUAUUCUUGGAGGAGUCUUCGUAGGGAUUCAGCGCCCACAGCUGAACACUAUCUGUUUGACUCAAACAUCCAUUCUGCCGGUUGGGAUUACUGUGUCUGUUGUCGACACUGCCUUCGUGGCUUUCCUCUUAAUCCGAGUUAUCUCUCGGGGUGUCUAUUCGGACACCCAAAGAGGAGCCAUCAGUCCUCGUCAGUCCCGAGCGGCUGCUCUCGUCGUGCUGGGUUUGAUAACAUGGACAGGAACUAGUGCUCCUUUGAUGCUGAGCAUUCAGCCCAUGUCCAUUGUUGUUCGAACAACUGUUCCUUCGAUAGGCCUGCUGAUACUAAUCGAUCGACUAUUUUCCGACAACUUAAAGCACAUACAACCAGCGGACGUCAACGAUUUCGAUGCCUCGCGAGACUUCAACACACGACAGAUGACCAGUGCGGAUAUCCGUCGCUCAAGGAGUUAUGACGAGAUAGCGAGAACGUCUGCAGCUGAUUUCACGGGAGUAUCGAAACCUUGGCCAGUUCCUGCAGAACCCAAACGAGAGCUACCUUUGAUCACGAUGCCAGCUGCUGGGCAAGCCAACAUUGGAAUGGGUGGUGUUCCCGUGCUAGGCCAACUUUUCCCUCUACCAAGAACUCAGGCUUUAACAGGCUCGACGAAACCCGAAAGCUCUCGACAGACAUUGCACCAGGCAAAUUUGAGCACAUCUAGCUCCGGAUCCAGCUCUGAUUCUAGGACCUCAGCUUCCAGUCAAGAGGACUGGGCCGACACCGUCAAACUAGCCGAGUCUCAACACAGCUCUUUGUCUUCAGAGAAUACAGCCUCCGCCACUACUUCAGCUUUCUUGUCACCGGGGACAGAUGAAAUCCGACGACGAUCCCCUCGACAGUCUCCUCGACAGUUGCCAUCGCCAGCUCUUUCAAUCUUUCCUCGGACGGCUCCCACCACGUUGCAAGCACGCACUCCCACCAAAGCUGGAGGGGAAGCCAUCGUGAACUUCUCUUUGCCUGUAGACGCAAGAGUACCGCGCCCUUACCAGCCAAUGCGGAACCAGCCCCCGAAAUCAGCACCUUUGGCCGCUAUUCCCAGAAGCAACGCGAACGAAAUUCUGGCCAAGAGAGAAGACUCUGCAAAAACACUGUCGGUGGUUCAUCGUCCUCGCCCGAUACCAAGAAAGUCGAACAUCGAUCGCGCCCUCUUCCCAGCAGAGGGGUCUCCAAACCUCCAGCAUCACAAGCGAUCGUUGUCGUGUGGUUCUGUGAGAUUCAAACAGCCGCACGACACACCAGCAGAAAUCAAUUACGAUUUAUCUCGUUUAAAUGAAUUUGCCAAUGUUCUACACGCCAACAUCCCAACACCAACUGAAAGCGACCGUAUCACGAGGCGACGAUCACGAUCUAUGGUUGAGCUACCGAUCUUACCAGCUGAUAUCGAGUUCAAGCCGAACCGCAACGAAGCCAAGCCACAGAUCGACAAGUCAAAUACCCUGACCGCUCCCAACAAGACGCCAGCAAGCCUUAUUUUAGGUGAGACGUCGAUUCAAUUUCCCAAGAGUCCUCAGCCUACGACUGCUCAACUUGAUAAUGAGCCAGUAUCUGCGACAAGCUUAUCUUGGCGUGGCCCGCAUGGAAAGGGAUACGGUCGACGAUCCUCGCCUAUUCUGCCAGUUGAAGACCUGAGCGCACUCACGCCUUCCACGGUGAGAGAUGAAGAUUUUGCUCUUGACGCGGAUAUCAGGUCGCCUGCGAUGCAGGUCCACGUGCAGAGGGCCCUGACGGUGACCGUUAUGGCAAAACAUCAACAACAGAGCGGACUCCGAGUUGCGGAGACUCUAUCAGCAUCGAGCGACGAGAGUUCUCGGGAGCCCUUACCCUUGACUGUGCGCAAGCCAUCUGCCGCAGCUAAUGUCGGCUCUGAAUCGGAAUUGCGACGAGCCGAGGACUCUCACCUCACCGCAAAACAACAUUUCUGGCCAUCACAAGUGGGGGAAACCCGUCCAGCAACUUUCUCAGACAGGGGAUACACGACAAAGCCUCGUCGGAGUCUUCCGCCAGCACCGCUGGUUUUCCGCCGGACCGACAGUUUCUACGCGGAGCCAUCGCCCGUGGAAUCCGACCUUUCUGAAGAAGAUGUGGGAAUUUUGCCAGACAGGACCCAUUUUGGUUCUCCAGGCUCAUCUUAUCAGAUAGCGGAAAACGAUAGACUUGCACUGUUGACAAAUCUGGAACUGGAGCUGAACGAACAGGAACACCAAUGGCAAACCAUUCGCCAUACCAUGCACGUUCGUGAUUCGCUAUCAACUGUGGGAACAUCUCCUAGCCGAGAUUCGCGAUAUGGGUAUGGAAGUGCACGCCUGUCAAAGCUUGCCCAGCAGCGAGGUCAGCUGGAUGCAGACUACGACAUUCUUGCGCUUUUCCCUCAGGCCGACUUGAAGUCGAGGACAAAAUUGGCGGCUAGCUCGACAUACCCCAGGUUUACGAACUCAUUAGCAACUCCUACCCCUCCUGAUACCGAUGAAGAGAGCGAAUACGCCGAAGAUCACGAGGAUUUCAUUGGCCAUGCCCAGGUCAGUCCUGCCAAGACGGCCAUGGUGCUGUGGCGCCCCAUAGCUUCCGUGCAAGCGGUUACCAGCACUAGCACUGCACCAUCACUCUGGACCCCUGCUCCCAGGCCACUGGGGGAAAUCGCGCCAGUGGAAAUCCCAGGGAGGUCAAUUCGAGGACCGGUGAGGAAGGACAUGAGAUCUCUCAUGAUUGAGAGCUCAAGACUUUGGGAGAAACCAGAAUCAAAGACUGAGGUAUCCAGUCACGGACUUUGGCAGCCAGCAUCUCAAGUUGUAACCCAAGUGGUGGAAGUUAAGGUCCAGCAGUCAAAACCUCCCCGCAACCCCCCGCGUCGCAUCAAACGUGUCACUAUGCUGCCAGAUAUCCUGGAGAGUCCAAAACCACUCCCUGAUAGGCGCGGGACACUUGGGAUCUUCCAAUUCCCAUGGGGUGAUCGGUCAGACUGUGCGACAAUAACACCGAUGUUCAUGCCUGGCAUGGCUUAUCAACCUGUGGUGGAUGGGGGUAUGCAGACGCAGAUGCAGCAUAGCGGCUCGGUGUUUGACAUGGAGGACUACGAGCAGGAUGACGGGGAGUACUACGAUUCGAGCGAAACGUACGAUAGCGACGAUGAGGACUGUUUCGAACUGGCCCAGCCUGUACCCCAGCCAACGGACACGUAUUUCCACGGAGCCCCGCCUGAAAAAAUAUCAACUUCUCACGAGGACGAACUAAAACCUCGGUCAAUUGAUGAACGAGGCACAGAUCCGGAGCUUUUGAAACAUUGCGAGACUUCCGAGGAUGCUUAUGCCAAGGAUGUGCAGAUGCAGAUGCACGACAGCGGCAGAGAUGACAAAACCAAUGAUCGGACAAGUCUCCGUACACAGACCCAGGUAGAGUAUGACGAAGAUGGAGACGCCGACAGCGAGAGCGAAAGCCCACAGGCUGGAGAUUACAGCGCAAAAGCCGGUACAGCAGUUGGUGCUCCCCCCACCUCAACAACCACCAUGGCGAUGACGAUGACGGAUAUGGAUCUCCGGGAGCACGUCUCUGAGAAAAAUCGAAUCAGGGUCCGCCAGCAGCCGCAAUUUGGGGGUCGAGUUGCAUCAAUAAGCAUGCCUGUGCCGCUGAUGGCUCGCUGCUUAUUGAUGGACGUGGGUCGAAAUGAACAAGAUUGGGCUGGCGCACCAAUCACCGACGACAAUGGCACUCAUGCGACGUCCAAAUCCAUCUUAGACCCCUGCACUGACAGGGAGUCUAAGUCCCGUGGCGCCCCAGGCGCAGGGCAUCCUCACCAGCAACAGCAGGCAACGCUUCUGUUCCGUUUCUUAGAGGAUUCCAUUUCUAAGCCGGCCGACCUUGAGCUUGAUUGUGACUCUCCGACUCCGCAGCCGCUAAGUCCGCUCGUCAUUUACAAAUCCGAAUCCCCGACACACCGGCGACAAAUCUUGGUUAUUAACUUGUUGUAUCCUCCAUCAAUUCCCGCUCAGUCUUCCCUUCAGCAAACAAUUACAAACUAUCCGAACAUUUCCAUGGCUCUGUGGACUCCUAGCAUCCCUGUCUCACGUCCCAACAAAGGACUCCCUCAACCCGACGACUCUACCUGGAACUCUUAUAUUCCCACUGGUGAGGCUGCACGCCUCCUCUCUGCAAAGGCCGACAUGCCUUCCAUCAAAAGCAACUCGCUCUGGACCGCACCUGUCAAGAAGGCACCUGUCAACAACUUCGGACUUUGGGGAACCACACAACCGCUGCCAGGCAUGUGGACUCAAUCGCCAGUCAACACCAAGAUCUCAUACGGUCUUCCCCAGCCUGAUGCUGAAACCUGGGCAACCUAUCUCGUUGUCGAAGACGAUGCUGCCCGAGUAAAGCCUAGAGAGGCCGAGUCUCUACCUAUAGAUAGCACCUCCUUGUGGACUCCUGCCAUGCCCGUUAUUUCCGAGAUCGUUUCCGAGGAUGGUCUCUGGAGCGGAUCAAGCUCCGCACCUUCGGUCACCGGCUCCGAACCCUCUACACCUAGCGAGGCCUCGGCGGUCAAUUUUGGCUUGUGGGAGCCUCUUCCCGCUACUACUUCAGUUGAUGAUGAAGAGCCGACCGGCCUGUUUAACCUCAGCCACCGGCGCACCGACUACCGCACAACGAAAUUGGCGCCUGCUGCUCAGGGCAUGGAACGCUCACCACGAAGAGCUCUAGAGGCCUUCCCCGAUUUUGGAUUUACCCACCUCUGGAACAUGGCCCCUCUCUGGGAUUCCAAGGCCAAUGCCGCCGCCGUUCAGUUGCAGCGGGAGAUUGAUUCGUUGGUUUUGGAGGGCCUAUUCAGCCUGAAUCACCGCCGAAACAACUUCCGUACUACGUCCGAGAGCCCCGCAGCGCUCGAGACCCGACCCAAGCAGCGCAUCUCGCAGCAGUCUCUGCCGAAGCUCAACACAGAUAGCCUCUGGUCUGUGCGCUCAUCUAGCCAGGAUGUUACCGAGAUCAAUUGGCUUGCUGUCUCCACAGUCCGACCGAGAACUGCCUCGGUUGUGUCUUUCACUGAUAGCGAGUCCGUCGUUUCUGACGUGCCCGCACUCACCAGGGCUUCCUCCAUCAAGUCAGAGAUGUCCCGACCCGCCGCUACACCCGCUGAGUGGCUCGCUGCCUUGGACGAGGCCAUUAGACUUGGAUCUGGAAAGGCCCUAGAGCUGGACACCGAGGAUCCUUGCGCACCCGACUCCGACAACUAUCAGCUCUGGUCCAAGCCUGGCGCUGACAUUGGCGAGCCUGUUAUCGCUUCAGAUGAGCUUUGGAAGCCAUCUACUUCUCGCUUCCUCGAAUUGACGCCCACACUCAGCGAAUUCGAUAAGCAGCAUAUUGCAUCUGGCACUUCUCAGCGUGGUCGCCUUCAAAAGGCCCGCCCCCCGAUGCCCCUCUACCCUGGCUCGUCCUCGUCCGCCUUUCUCCCGGGCGCCAGCGAGACUCCCCGCGACUUCAGUGCACAGGGACUGUGGGUUCGCGCACAGUCUCCUGCUCCUGGGGCUAGGGACGACGGUUCAUGGAUUGACAAGUCUCUUAGAAAGGGAUUGUCAUUCGUGCAGCUGUGGUAG